AUGCCGUUCUACCGGGACGACGGCUUUAUAGGAUUCAGCUUUCUGGAAGACAAUGCCUCAGGAAAGGUUCCUGAGGCACAACUCAAGAGUAUUCUGUGGCAAACUCUACAGGCCGUGAACUUCUGUCACAAACACAAUUGUAUCCAUCGGGACGUCAAACCGGAGAACAUUCUUCUGACCAAGACCGGUGUGAUCAAACUAUGUGAUUUUGGCUUUGCUCGCAUCCUCACUGGUCCAGGUGAUGAUUACACUGAUUAUGUGGCAACACGAUGGUACCGGGCCCCAGAACUCUUGGUCGGAGAUACUCAGUAUGGUCCCCCAGUGGAUGUCUGGGCCCUCGGUUGUGUCUUUGCCGAGCUGCUUUCUGGAAAUCCUCUUUGGCCGGGACGUUCUGACGUGGAUCAGCUGCACCUCAUACGACAAACCCUGGGUGACUUGAUCCCACGGCAUCAGCAGGUGUUUCACUCCAAUGUCUUCUUUAGUGGCGUCAGCAUCCCUGAGCCUGAUACCAUGGAGCCGCUAGAGAAGAGGUUCCAUGGUGUUUCUCCUCAUGCUAUUACUGUGAUGAAGUCCUGCCUAGUUAUGGAUCCAUCUGGCAGGUUGUCAUGUGAAGAGCUUUUAGAGCUGCCAUACUUCCAGGAGGAUGGGGGAACGGGAUGGGGCAGAGAAACUGAUCGCCUCCCAAGACGUUAUGAGAAAGGCACAAGACGCAGAGCUCCCGCGCCUCAAUACUUUCCCCAGCUGACCAAUAGUAACACCUCACCAGCACCUGAACUGAAGAAUAAACACAGACACAAACACGACCAUCAUCUUCCCAACAUCUGACCUUGGGACUGGUGCAAAUGUGUUUAGGGCACACAUGUUUUCAGUGGAACGAGCUGAUGCAUGUAUUGCAAACAACAGAGGAUUGCAGAAAUGCUGUUAUAUAGAAGGACUGACACUGUAAUAUUAGUAAUAUUACUGAAGCAUAUCUAUUUUAACAGUUAAUGUUGACAGAUAGUCCUGGAAUCUGAUAUUCUGCAUAUACAGUGGCCACAAAAAUAUUUUGACA